AUGCUGGGAGCCAGAGGCCCGGCCCGGGGUGCCUGCUCGCGGUUGACCUCCUGGACCCUGGGACAGCCAGGGCGGCCGUUUCGUCGCAGCCAGCAGCCCGCGAUCCCCUUCAAGCGGCGACGACAACUGUUGCGUGCAUUCCGACACGAAAUGACGGGGCGGUAUUUCGAGAACACGCUCGUUGCGGUCGAUCCCGGAGUCGCGGGAACGCAAGCGUCGGACGCGCCGACGGCGGACUGGUCGCAGAAGAUAUGGGGCGCGGUUCAGGAAAGCCUGGCGGUCAUCCGAGAGAACGCGGGCAAGCAUUCUGGCGUGGAUGGAGGAACGAUAUACUGCGGCUUGGGGGGCAUUGCCAUGAUGCACUUUCACAUGGCCAUGCAGUGCAGGCACGGGUUGCGUGGCGGUCGCUUGGAGGAAAAGGAGUUGCUAUCUCAGGCACUUCACUGGAGCACCCAGGCUGAAGGGUUUGUCAGCGCCCGGCACAGGCGGCACCGGGUGACUUUCCUAGAGGGUUACAGUGGCAUACUUGCGCUGAAGGCGGUCAUAUUUCAUUACAUGGGAAGCAGGGAUGCCUGCGAACAGUGUGUGCGGGAACUGGAAGCGGUGAACGAAAGAGUUUCCGUGCUGCCUAGCGGGGAGUGUGAGGUUCUGUAUGGGCGUUGUGGAUACUUGUUCUCAUUGCUUUUCGUCCAGCACCACGUUGGCAAACAAGCUGUCGAUGGCCGAAUUUUGUCGCGGCUCGCCAAACAUGUUCUGGACGAGGGGAGGACCAUGUCAGCCAAGAUGCCAGAGUUUGCCUCUUUCCAGUUGAUGUACUCAUGGCAUGACAGCUUCUACCUUGGUGCCUGCCAUGGCCUUGCGGGCAUCCUUCACAUCCUUUUGAUGUGCCCGUCUGAAGUUGCCCAGGCGCUGCCUGGAGGGGAGGGAUCGGCACUUAUUCAAGGUGGGACAGCAGCGCUUGUGGAGCGGUGUUUCCCCUCUGGAAACUUGCCAUCUUCGCUGGGCAAUCAGGAAGACAGGCUGGUUCAGUGGUGCCACGGCAGCCCUGGUCUCAUCCAGCUCUUGGUGCACUCUCUGAAGAAAGGCAACGACGCGAGGGACGACGCAUUUUUGCUUGCGGCCAGGCGUGCCAGCGACGAUGUGUGGCGGCGUGGCCUGCUGACGAAAGGUCUGGGACUGUGCCAUGGGAUGGCAGGCAAUGGCUACAGCUUUUUGAGCCUGUACAGAGCAACAGGGGACAUACGGGAGCUUUCAAGGGCGAGGGCGUUUGCAGAGUGCAUGGCUGACAAUUGGAAGAACCUUGUGGACAUUCCAGACAGACCCAUGUCCCUUUACGAAGGUUUGGCAGGCGCUGUUUGCUUCUGGGUUGAUGUGCUGAAUGCGGAGCACUCUCGCUUCCCAGGAUUCGAACUCUGA